CACAAAGACACAUUCUUGCACACGGGCGCGCGCGCGCGCACCCACACGCACACCCACACCCACACGCAGCCAGAGACAAACUUAAGGUGAGCAGCAGGCGCGCGGGCUUCACUCCGUCCCCAGCCUCCCGCUGCAGAGGACCAGGGGAUCUGAGCCUCGGGCUUCCAGGACCAGUGAAGAAGACCUCCGGGCUGUGAAGAUGCGGAGCCUGCUUCUUCUGGUGCUGAUUUCCAUCUGCUGGGCUGACCACCACUUGGACAGCUACACUCCGACUCAGGACAGAGUCAUUCACAUCCAAGCAGAAAAUGGCCCCCGUCUACUUGUGCAAGCGGAACAAGCCAAGGUCUUCUCCCACCGGGGUGGCAAUGUCACACUGCCCUGUAAAUUUUACCGAAACCCUGCAGCAUUUGCCUCAGGACUCCAUAAGAUCCGAAUCAAGUGGACCAAACUAACUUCAGAUUACCUCAAAGAAGUGGAUGUCUUUGUGUCCAUGGGCUACCACAAGAAAACCUACGGGGGCUACCAGGGGAGAGUGUUCCUGAAGGGAGGCGGUGACAAUGACGCUUCUCUGGUCAUCACAGACCUCACCCUGGAGGAUUAUGGGAGAUACAAGUGUGAGGUAAUUGAAGGCUUAGAAGACGACACAGCUGUGGUGGCAUUAGAUUUGCAAGGCGUGGUCUUCCCUUACUUCCCAAGACUGGGGCGCUACAACCUGAACUUCCUGGAGGCGCGCCAGGCCUGCCUGGACCAGGACGCGAUGAUUGCCUCCUUUGACCAGCUCUACGAGGCCUGGCGCAGCGGGCUGGACUGGUGCAACGCAGGCUGGCUUAGCGACGGCUCCGUGCAGUACCCCAUCACCCGGCCCCGGGAGCCCUGCGGCGGCCAGAACACGGUGCCUGGAGUCCGCAACUAUGGCUUCUGGGACAAGGAGAAGAGCAGAUAUGACGUGUUCUGCUUCACCUCCAAUUUCAAUGGCCGGUUUUACUAUCUGAUCCACCCCACGAAGCUCACCUACGACGAGGCGGUGCAAGCCUGUCUCAACGAUGGUGCCCAGAUCGCCAAGGUGGGCCACAUCUUCGCAGCCUGGAAGCUGCUGGGCUACGACCGCUGCGACGCGGGCUGGCUGGCCGACGGCAGCGUGCGCUACCCGAUCUCCCGGCCCCGACGGCGCUGCAGCCCCAGCGAGGCGGCCGUGCGCUUCGUGGGCUUUCCUGAUAAAAAGCACAAGCUGUACGGCGUCUACUGCUUUCGAGCAUACAACUGAGGGGAAGCCGGGCGUCGCGCCCAGGUCACUGGGAACAUGUGAAAGGUGUUCGGUUUGGUUUGGUUUUUCAAUACGAACUCACUGCAAGUUACCAAAACUGUGAUAACCCUUUUUUACUGUAAAGAGUCAUUUUCAUACAGGCCAACUCAUUAAUUUGUUCUUUGUAAAGCUAUCCUUCAAUAUAUAUUGCAAAUUAAUAUAAUUUUAAGGGGAGCUCACGUGACCAGGAGGCUUUUGAGCCGAGCUGUGCGCGCGCUGCCUCCCUGUCCCCUUGCGUGACCCGGUCGCUGCAGCUCCAGGCUCGCUCGGGGGCCACGAAGGCAGGCAGAGAGGCUGCUCCCCAGAGCACCAGCCCCCACAAGCACAAACUUCACGUUUCUACAAUCCUGAGACAGACUCUGAUGAAAAGAUUAGAGCAACAGAUUUGCAGUACAGGCUUCUGCACACAAACAUAUUCCGAGGGGUGGCCCAAAGCUCACAUUUCGUGAGAAAGCAGGCCACGCUUCUAAAGGUUACUAUUUCAAGCUUCCAACAGACGGUCUUUGACUUCCUCCAACCACCCCACCCCUUUGUUUCCAAGCGACAACAAAACUUUCGUAUGGGCUCAAAGACAUAGUAAUAAGCACAGGGAAUCCUUCUAAUAAUCUCAUUUACAUGCACUCUAAAUAUGCAGCUAGCAUUCAACCGGUGAGAGACUUCUACCUUCUUUAAUGAAAAUUACACAUGUCUGAGAGAAAUAGCUUUAUCUUUUGCAUAGCAUAACUGAGUUGUAUUUAAAUUUGAAGCACCCUUGCUAGGUAGCGUUUAGGAUCCACUCAGGGUAGUUCUAUAGAUAAACUGCUGGACAGAAAAAUUGUAAAUUUAGCAGCUCGAUUUUACAUUAGUCAAUGAAGUGUUAUUGUCCUAUAAAAAUAACUUUAAACUAUUUAAUAUUUCUUUUCUAUUUACCUUACAUGAAAAGAUUAAAUCAUAGACAGAAUGAGUAACCAUAUAUUUGCCUAACCAAGGAAUAAAGACCCAACUUUCAAAAUUUGUAUUUCUAUUUUUACGCACACUAAAAAGUUCAAAUGGUGCCUGUUUUGGGGGACAAAGCAAAUAACGUAGUCCUAAGCCGUCCUGGAACUAACAGACAUGGUCAAUGCCAUCGACCUUGCUGGCCAUCAUUCGGCAUAUGCGAAAUGCUGAAGCUGUCAUCAAAAAGUUUACACGAAAAUCUUCAGGGCUUUAAACAAAAUCUAAGUCCAGUUUCAAAAAAACAGCUUCUCAUGUAGCAGCUCCCAUCUUCAACAAAGCUCUGUUUUCCUAUAUUUCUAUGACCGCUGAGACCCCAUAGGGACCAAUAUUUGUAUUCACGUCACAGUUCACGAUUUCUCAAUGUCUCACAACAAUUUCUAAUCAACGGGAUUUAGUAAAAUAAUCUAAGGGUGGCAUAGCUGGAAUGCUUUCAUGAACGUUUUUAAUGUAGAUUUUUCUCCCAUGAACAUGAGCAAAUAAAUCUGUUUCUUGAACUGAUUGUGGUUGCAUUUAAAGCUCUGUAAUAAUCCUAGUAAGUUCAUAAAUGUAGAAUUAUAUAUGUGGAAAGUAUAGAGCAACUGGGAGUCCAUGAAGCUGUAGCUAUAUCCACAUAUUAUCUAGCUGAAACACUGUAAAUAAAAGUAGAUUAUUGGAUCAAAAGCAUAUCUGGAAAUUUUCAGAGCCUUUAAUAUUAAAAGAUGACAAUGUAUGCAUGCAUGUUUUUAAGUUAGACCAGAUAUGUGAAUUACGUGAAACUAUAGAUCCAAAGAGAUUGUGAGAUUUAAUUCAAAUACUGCUGGUAUAAAUAGAACCCACACUUCUAAAUUAAUGAUACCUGAAUGGGCUAGAGUAAGAGGAACACAUUAUUUAAAGAGGGGACUGUCUCCAAAAUUGCAGCUCCAGCAUUUCAAAUUAGAGUGGGAGUUAGCUCACUGGAGUAAGCCCAUACCUGAACAAUUAUUGCCUAUCUCAUAAGAAUUUUAUUAGAAAUGAAAAUGAGAAAAAUUUUCUAUUGAAGCAAGUAUGUAACUUUCAGUUAUUGUCACAGAACUCUGCCUUUAUAGUGUUAACUGUAGUAUGAUUUCUUAAUUUUUGAAUACUUACUAGUACAGGAUUUGGUGCUGAUCAAAAUCUCUGGAGCGACUGUUAGCUGAUCAACCUCUGUACCAAUUGCACACCAUCUUCCAUGCUUGAAAUAAAUCUUAACAGAAUGAAUAUUGCUGAACGUAACUGUUAGCUUCUGGUCCUACCUACAGGAUCAGAACCCAUAUACUCUUUGGACUCCUAGCUGAAGAAAGAGUCUUUUUACUGUUCUGAUUUUGCUGUUUUCCCAACAAAUGUCUGCUUGCCUACUUCAUUGCCCAAAAUAUCUCAUGGAGAAUGUCUGAAAAAGAGAAGUUCUCCUGGUCAAAAUCAUAACAGAAAGUUGGUAUAACAGCAGCUAAUUCAGAAAUUGGCUUUUGGACUUUGAUUCCAGGAAUAUCAAAAGAAUGAAAUGGAAGGCUGGUUACAAAAUCUUGUUUUCACCAUUUUGUCUAUAAUUAACUCUUGUGACCAACAUACAGACGAAAGCAUAUCUACGAAUUUCACUAAGACAGCUACAUUUUAAAAUCUAAACAAAAAGAAGCAAUUCAUAUAAAAACAGUCAGAAAUGAAAAAUUGUCACAUUAACACUGGAAGCCAUCUUUGAAUGACUGCUGCCGUAUUUUAUCACAGUAUUUUUUAGCCAAAUAUGGUAUUUGUAAAUUUAAACUUUCUUUCAUAGAAAGGGGGCCGGUACCUGUUAAAAGUGUUAUUUUAUGCAAUAAUAUAGUCGCUUGUUAUUUUGGCAAUAGAAGUAGACUCAGAGGAGAUUCCAGUUUGGUUGCUGGCAGCCAGGUUGGUUUCUUGAUUUCAGGACUCCUAGGAGCAUGGUGGUCCCAUGGAGUAGUUGCCACUAUGGAGUGUAGGAUUAACAGGGAAUCAUCUGUUCAGUGAGAACCCAUCAAGAAAGGCCAAUGAUGAACAAUGUUAAGGGUGUCACAGCUCACUACGCCCAAAGCAGUAAUGAUGUACAAGAGAAGGAACGAAUCAGAUGAUCUUAAGCUACCAGAUGAAAACAAAAAUCUCUAUAUAAAGGCAAUACCUAAGUACCAAUUUGAGAAGAACCAAUCUGUGUUACAAAAAA